CGAGAGAGCUCACCAUAAACAGUUCAGUGAUCUAGGUUUUGUGAGCAGCUUUUUUUAGUGACAGCUGUUUUGAAGCAUGUUUUUGAACUUGUUGCCGGCGUUACUACUUCUGACAGCGACUUUUGGUGGGAGUUUGGAUAACAAAUGGGAAAAAUUCUGUGAUAUCAAAGUAAAGUCUAAGGACGGUUCUAUCAAGUGCUGCAAGGCUAAAGCCAAAGGAUACAUUGUCCACGUUGGAGUUUGUGACGGAAAUGAGAUGUUCAAAAGUGUUAUCGGCUAUAACGCGUUAUCAGAGAUGGUAGUUACACCCGAUGAAGCGACAAGUGACCACAGUGCCAAGGAAGACAAUCCCGGAAAGGACGAGGGUAUUUGUCAUGUGUACAAGACUUACAUCGGAGGUGUCAAAGCUUGCAUCCCAGGAAACAUGGUCACAGCUGCCAAAUUCGUUCAUCAAUGGCUUGAAUCUGACGGGAUAGGUCAGUGCUCAAUGGACCUUGGAUACAACUGUAAAGGUGAGCCAGACCAUGACACGCAUUACGAUUUUGCAAUCAAACUGAACCUGGGAAACGCCGCUGCCAAUUUAUUUGAUCUCAAGGAGUCUCUCGGCAACCAAAAGGACCUCAAUGACAGUUAUGAAUGUAAAAUCGAGGUCAAAAACGGAGAUUAUUACGUUGUGUGUCCACUUUAAACGUGAUCCGUGGACUAAACGCUGCAUUCAAAAAUUGGGAGAACAAAUAUAAUUUUAAUUGUCUGUUUUUUUCGCUUCAAAUAGACUCUGCCUUUUGUGGUACUGAUAUAUUGCUGAUUAUUUUUUGAUUGAUUGUAGAAAACGCUUCCAGCUUUAGAUUUGAUUAAUUUGAAAUUUAUUGCAUGAUUU